AUGUCUUCUAAAAAACAAAAAAAUACUCUUAAUAAUGAACAAAGAAAAGAAGUCAUUGAAUUCAAAGAUAAGAACCCCAAUAUUAGCCACGUUGAUCUUGCCACGUGGGUAAAAAAUAAAUUUAAUCUAGAAGUCCAUCCGACUACCAUUGGACGUUUAGUAAAAAAUAAAGAUGACAUUGGCGAUAAUCCCACUAAGAAAAGGCAAAAACACAAAACAUUUGCUAAAAUCUUAAAAAUACCUAACGACAACCUUAAGUUUUCACACGGAUGGUUAUUUAAGUUCAAAAGAAGGCAUGGUUUAGAACAAAUAAAAAAGCAUGGAGAGGAUUCUUCUGUAGAUGAUAAUGUAGUUGCAAUAGCCGUUCCCCAGUUAAAAGAGAUUCUAAAAGAAUACAGCUUAAAAGAUAUUUACAACAUGGAUGAAACGGGGUUAUUCUAUCGUCUUCCAACCCACGGUGCUUCAAACAUAUCAAACGCAACAAGCUCGGUGCCACAUAUGGGUCAAGUAAUUCUUCUAGUAGAUAAUGCCAAGUGCCAUUUCUCAAGUAAUUUAAAUCUUCGCAACACCACUACCCACUAUCUCCCUCCAAACACAACAUCUCGCUUACAACCACUGGAUGCCGACAUUAUCAUGUCCUUCAAGCAUCGCUACAAAAAUUAUUUUAUAAAAUGGUUACUUGACCAAUAUGAAUCUGUGAAAGAUGAUAAAUUAAAUGUUCUUAAUGCUAUAAAGUUUGUUAUUCAAGCAUGGAAAGAGGUGUCAUCAGAAACGGUACGUAAUUGCUUCCAGCACACAGAAAUCCUUCCAGUUCAAAAUAACGAAUACGAAGAACCUAUUAAUGAUGACGAUGAUUAUGAGUUAAUGGAAGAGAUGAAAAUAGAUAUUGAACUGCUUAAUUUUCGAAAUGCAAUGGAUCUUGAGGUUUAUAUUAAUUACCCGGAGGAGAAAGAUACAAGCGAAGUCUUAAAUGAUCAGGAAAUCGUAACUUUAGUUACUAACGUCGAAGCCACAGAAGAUUUAGGUGAAGGCGACAAUAGUGAAGAAGAUGAAGACGACAGUAAGGAAAUCUCUAUGAUUACCCACCAUGAAGCGUUAAAUGCCAUAGAGGUACUGGAACAAUACCUUAUGCAACAGGAUCUAAGUGACAAAGCCCGGUUAGAACAUGACCAAGCAUUAUUAAAUUUGCAAAAGGGUGCAGAAAAUGCAGAACAAAUUCUCCUUCGCUGA